AUGCUACCGUCAUCGCUGCCCACCUUGCUCGGGAACACCACUUUUCUGACCCAGGACCUUUUUUACGUACCGUACGAAAACUACAAGGUUCUUCAAGACCCUCCGGGGCUCGCAAUUAUCAUUCUUUCCAUACAGACUCCGGCAACCAGCCAGAGCGGUUCGCUCUGGCGGACCCCAUGCAUCGGCACGCUGGCGGGCCACUAUAGAGUUCAGGCGGAUUACAAUGACUACUCACCACAGGAGUCGCAUCCGCCGCAGCAAAGCCAGUCAUCGCAUGCCUACGAGCCGCACCACCCACGAUCCCUCGCAGGUUCGUCGACACUGCACGACCCCACGGAGCAUCACAGCCAUCAUGUGGCGGCGCACUCACAUCAUCCUCCAGCCCUCCAUGGACUGCCACAGCAUCGCCAAACUCCAUCCCACCACCACCCGGUGCUGCUAGACCCGGUGCAGAUGAGCACCCACUCGGGUUCGAGGCAUAUAGGACACCAAACGCCGACGCAGUAUGGGGCUGGCCCGUCUCCUCAUUCCGUGGUCCCGCCACCGCUCUACCCGUCAAUGACACCGACACAGUCAGGCCCGAGCGGUGGUAUCAAGCGAUCCCGACCCGAUGAUCUCGAUCUUUCAGUGCCCGGAAUCGCCGAGCUUGACCAAGGUGAGAUGGACUCCAUUCAGCAGUCGCAACACAUGGGCGCGGCAUAUGCACAAUCUGCAUCGACGCCUCAACACCACCACCAUCGGAUGCCUGAAACCGGUCCUCCCUCAAAGAUGAUGCGUCGGGAUUCCCAAGGAGCAGGUGGCGUUGGUGGUGGCGCGCCAAGCGUGGUGGGCCAAGCAGGCAUGCCACCUCCGGCCCAGAGACCCAGAGGACCAAAGUUAAAGUUCACUGCAGAAGACGAUGCGCUCUUGGUGGACUUGAAGGAAAACAAGAGCCUCACGUGGAAGCAGAUUGCUGAGUUCUUCCCUGGGAGGUCCAGUGGCACACUCCAAGUGCGCUACUGCACCAAGCUCAAGGCCAAAACGACGCAAUGGACCGAGGAAAACGAUCAGAAACUUCGGACAGCUCUGCAAGACUACGAGAGGGAAAAAUGGAGGAUUGUGUCUAGCAAGAGGGAGGCGCGCCGCAUGGACAUACGCUUGGAAGUCCCUUAUAGCAAUCAGCGUCUCCUCCAGGAGCCUCAGCUUCUGGAGGGGACACCACCGGAUACACGCAUCAGCCAGCGACACAUGAAUCAUCACACACCACCGGAGCUUACACCCAUCAACCACCAGCCUCCGAGUCGGGACUUCACUCCGGAUACUCAAACCCGCCGCCUGCCACACACGCCCCCAGCCACCAUAAUAUCUACCACCCCACCCAACUUUAGUAGUCAAGCUCGAUGA